CCGGCUCGCCGCUCCGUCGCCCGCGCGCCGCCGGCCGAGCUUCGCGUCGGGAGCGCCGGGCCUGAGCGCGGGAGGCGGCGCGGCUGCGGCGCCGCGGGACGGCCGAGCCGGGGCUUUUGUGCGGCCGCGACCCCGCCGACGGCGCCCGCCUCGCGUCCCCCGCCCGGGACCGCCGCCGCCGGCCGUCGCGGGCGGCCGGAUCCGCGUCCCGCCUCCGCGGCCCGAGGACAUGCGGGAGAGAGAAUGAGCCAGAGGGACACGCUGGUGCAUCUGUUUGCUGGGGGAUGUGGUGGUACCGUGGGAGCGAUUCUGACAUGUCCACUGGAAGUUGUGAAAACACGACUGCAGUCAUCUUCUGUGACACUGUAUAUCUCUGAAGUUCAGCUGAAUACAAUGGCUGGUGCCAGCGUCAACCGAGUCAUGUCUCCAGGACCUCUCCAUUGCUUAAAGAUGAUCUUGGAAAAAGAAGGACCUCGUUCCUUGUUUAGAGGAUUAGGCCCCAAUUUAGUGGGGGUUGCUCCUUCAAGAGCAAUAUAUUUUGCUGCUUACUCAAACUGCAAGGAGAAGUUGAAUGGUGUAUUAGAUCCUGAUUCUACCCAGGUACACAUGAUUUCAGCUGCAAUGGCAGGUUUUACUGCGAUCACAGCAACCAACCCCAUUUGGCUUAUAAAGACUCGGUUACAGCUUGAUGCGAGGAACCGUGGGGAAAAGCGCAUGGGUGCUUUUGAGUGUGUUGCUAAAGUGUAUCAGACUGACGGACUUAGAGGAUUCUAUAGGGGCAUGUCUGCGUCGUAUGCUGGCAUCUCAGAGACUGUUAUCCACUUCGUUAUUUAUGAAAGUAUUAAGCAAAGACUACUGGAGUAUAAGGCUGCUUCGCCCAUGGAAGAUGAUGAAGAGUCUGUGAAGGAAGCAUCUGAUUUUGUUGGAAUGAUGCUAGCCGCUGCCACCUCAAAGACCUGUGCCACGACUAUAGCCUAUCCCCAUGAAGUUGUAAGAACGCGACUACGUGAAGAAGGGACGAAGUAUAGAUCGUUUUUUCAGACAUUAUCUCUGGUGGUUCAAGAGGAAGGUUAUGGGUCUCUUUACCGCGGCCUAACAACUCAUCUGGUGAGACAGAUCCCAAACACAGCCAUUCUGAUGGCCACCUAUGAGUUGGUGGUCUACUUACUCAAUGGAUAGCAGUGCCGGUGGCCAGACUGGGAAGAGGGAAGACCAAAGGAUGACAGUGGACCAUGGAGUAUCAGAGCCAGCAUGGUGGACAGAAGAAAACGGUUUGGGAACAUGUAACUAUGCCCAAGUGCGAGUUUGGUUGUAGAGAUUAAAGUAACUGUGCUAAAUUGCUUGGUCUUUGCAGUGAUAUGAAGGAAUCCUCGGCUCUCUCCAAGGAAAUGCCUUUAGAAGCACUCCUUCCUCAAAAUUGCCAUUUUCUCUACCUUGGCCACACAGGCCAGUUGCAUUUUGUUUAUGGCAGAAUACAGGUUUUUAUUUCUGAGCACUUUGCCAACCUUCUCCAGAGCUAUCCCCAGCUCUGCACUCUGCUGUGGCAGAUGAAAAUAGUAUUGACAGUGGCCCGCUUCUGUUGGGUUCCUCUGCAGCUCUAUGACAGAACAGUAACAAUGAGCCCUUCAGAGUUAAUUUCCUUUUUUUUUCUUUUGAGAGGAGCUGGCACAGUAAUUUUGAAGUCAGUUGUUUGGCUUUAGUGGUUCCCUGUUUCUGACAGUAAACACAGUGCAUGUAAAGAUCUGUGGUCGGGCCCACCACUCACGGGGCCUGGCUUCCAGCAUGGCCUGGGCACUUCCAUUGUUGGUAUCGCAAACUCAGGUGGUACUGGGGUAGGACAAAGGAAACCAUAUGAUGUUGAUUCCUGGUCAUUUCAGUGUCUUGGGCAUGUCCUAUCCUUUCUAACUUCCAUGAUACGGGGAUGAACACAACGGUCUUUUCAGUGAUAUAUUAUUCAGGUUAGGAAUAUGAGUUCCCAUCAGACCUAGUGACCAUUUUCUUAAAGUGGAAGAAAUCAAUCUCUUCUGGCUCUUUCUGUUGACGUAUUAAAAACAAAAAAACUACAAAAUCCUUUGCAUAAUUUCCAGAAGAUCUAUAAAUGAAUUUAUUUUGUAGAGAAAAUGGUAAUGUUUAGUUUGCCCUUGCCCUUUUCCCAGAAAGGAGGUGCCUGAUAAAACUGGGGUGCCUAGAAACACUGCGGAGAGGGGCCUCUGCUGUCCCGCAGCAGGCGGCGCACCACGCCGACAGCCCUGAGCAUUUGAGCCACCGCUUUUGAAGAGAGGUUCCUCCUGUCCUGCUUUCCUGAAGGCGAAAUUGUAGAAAGAGGGGAAGCAGAUUCAGUGUGCCAAGGGGCUUGAGCCCCUGCAGGGUGCCGUUGAGUGAAAUUGCACCUUGAAUACUUCUGUGUAUUACGUGUAUGGCCCUUAGGAGGAUAUUUGCUGUAAUUCUAUUAAGAAACUUCUGCUUCUGGAUGUUACUAUACAGGUAUAUGAAACUUCUGUAAUUAAACUCCAGUGUAGCGCUCAUUCCAUAUACAUGGACUGUACGUUUUGUGCAAUGGCUUUAUCUUAAGAAAUACUCUGGAUGCACUUUGUGGCCUUGAUGAGAGGUGGGGCUGGGGGGCGAGUACAAGGGAAUUCCACAUGAAGAUGAUUUAUUUAAGGGUAUUGCCAUGUAUGAAUGAGACAAACAGUGUUCCUGACAUUUUCCGGGGUCUUAGGUGAGUGGUGGAGGGCUCCAAUAUGAAUGUCAGAAGUGUUCUGUGUGUGCACUGUAGUGCCCUAGUACCCUCAACAUUCUAGAAACUUCUGUGAUGUCAUGGUAAGCGUUCUCUGUUGUCACCAGUGAAUUCAGUGUCCUCCACCCUCUUAACUUCCUUAUGCUCACUAACUGGAUGUUUUUGAGGUGCUUCAAUUGGAAUUUUUAAAUAUUCCAAUCUAUUUGGAGACCAAAGGCAAAUUCACAUUCAUACCUUUGGGAUAAGACAUACCUUUGAAGGGGAAUUUCAGCUUUGAUGUUUAUCAGGAGGAUCAUGCCAGAAAACAAGCGCAGCAAAAGGCUCGUAACUUCAGUCUCCAGAAAGCCUCUGUCUAUACAGUAUUUGCCUUUUCAGGUGCCACUUACUGCCUACUCAGUGCCAUUUGCCUUGUGAAGAGCUGUAAACAUUGGUUGUGUUGAAUGUGUAACAGAUUGCCGAAUCAUAGUGAUCUGUACCCCUGAAAUGAUGAAGAAUGACCCGAAGACCAGCAGUUAAGGCAGAACAUCAUCUUGCUUCAUUGUAGCAAAUCCAUGACAAGUGCCCUUCCAGAAUGGACACCUAUUCUGUUCCCAUUUGUACUCAGCAAAUAAGAUUCACCUUGACCUUUAGUGCAUUAUAUUCCACUUUUAUGUGAUUAUGUAUGUACAGAAGAAGAUCUCCAGGGUCUUAGAGUUUGUAUCUUUGUGCAAGGACUGAAAAGGAGCAAUGCAGUUUAUUUCGUUGUUUUAUUUUUUACCCCAAAAGCACAAUCUUCCAUUUAGUUUAUAUAUGACAAAGUUUUAAAAAGAAAGCUACACUGGCACCGGAGAAUUAGUACAGUGGAUGGGGUGCUUGUCUGCACUCAGCUGACCUGGGUUUGAUUUUUCAGCACCCCACAUGGUCCCCCCAAGCUCACCAGGAGUGAUCCCUGAGUGCAGAGCCAGGUAUAAGCCCAGAGCAUUGCUGGGUGUGGCUCAAAAAACCCCAAAAAAAGUAUAUGUAAAGGUUGAGUAUUAAGUGUCUGAAUGUUUUCUGGAGUUUUUUUUUUUAAUGCACCACCAUUUAAAAAAAAAUACUUGGCAUUGGAAAGAACUUUUUCGUCAGUUUUCUUUUAAAUUGCUUUUUAUUUCUAGUGUAGAGGUGCUCAUACACUCUUGGAGUAGGUACUUUUUGUGGUAGAUCUCCGAGCAUUGAAGUGGACUUGGGGUUAAGACGGUAGAGACUGAAAGCGCAUGCUCCACAGGACAGCAGACACACACUUUGGGACUGUCUGGCUCUCCAAUGAAUCCCUAAAGUCCAGAGUUCAGACUGAGAGUGACUGACCCUAAGAUAGUGGGGUACCAUACAGUGCUUUUAAAUCCAGGAAAAGUAAACCAACAACAACACCUGUCACCAAAGCCUUGUCUUCGUUUUCAUUAUGUACAUAACUUCUGGAGCCAGAUUUUUUCCUAGGGGCCAACAAGCAAUUGUAACUUUGAAACCAAGCUAGAUUAAAUCAUCCAAUCUAGCCUUUCUUCUAAAACCUAAGCCCAUUGUAAAUAGCAUGAUCAUAUUUGUACCAGCAGAGUUUGGGGAGUUUAAAAUAGUGUUGGCUUCUUUCCUCAAGAUUAACAUUUUGUCAUUUUCAAAUUUGCUAUCACUGAAAACGUUGAUUCGAACCGGGGAGAUGGAAGGAUAGAAACGGGCCUGUCCUUUCCUCUUCAGCAUUGUUUCUGUCUAUCUCUGGCUGUUAACAUGCUCUUCUGCCCAAACUGGAGGGAGCCCUGGGAGGCAGCCCCCCCCCCCCCCCCCCCACAGCCUGUUUUCUCCUGAUUGAUCACGACUUUAACAUUCCUCAGAACAUGCAGACUUCUAGAAACUUCAGUUGGGAGGAAUUUUAAAUGAAAGCUUUGUAAUACAGUUCACUCCUGCCCUAUCAAAAUCUCUUCUCUAUUAUGCCCUUGUUUUUCUUAUUCAUCAGUACACUGAUUUUUAUGCUAUUCCUUUUAGAAACUGAAAAUUCUAGUGUCAUUCAGUUUUUGUGCUAAUAGGCAUUUUGAAUGUGUAGCCCUACAUAUGUGAAUGAUUUAUCAGUUACAGCUUUUUACUUCAAGAAUUGGCAUCCUUUGACCAUGUAUGUGAGGUUUGCUACUGCAUUUCUGUACAUGACUGUAAACUAUGUGCAUUUACUCUGUAUUUGUAAUUAGCGGGAUUUUAUUUGAAUUGUUAUUCAAAAAAUUAAAAUAUGCUUAUGACAGUAUGA